AUGAACUAUAACGUUAUUAAAGCAUUAGAUCAAGAAGAAACAGGUGACCUUAUUAAAUACUUUAAUUAUACAGAUGGAAUACUUGAAGCUAAUUCAGGUGUUCAUGAUAAUAAAUGUUUAUCAAUUGAUUCAUCUGAUCCACCAUGUCCUGUACAAAAAGGAAUGUAUACAAAAUUAAAAUUAACAGAUGAAUCAAUUCAAAUUACAAAUAUAGAUAAAUCAUCUAUUACAGCAUUAGUUAAUAUUAAAAUUAAACCAAGUUCACAAUUUUGGAAUGAAUUAAAAGCACCAGGUAUUUCAAAUCCAGAAUUUGAUAAUAAAUGUGAAAGUAUAAAAAAUCAAACAGUUGUAUUCUUUGUAGGAUUAAAAUCAUCAACACAUUUAUUUGAUGCAUAUAGAGUAUAUUCAAGAAAUAAGAAAACAGCAUGGAACAAACAGAAGCAUUA